GAAGCAUGCAAUUAGAAUUUUUAUAAGCGAUUUAUUUAGUGGAUGGAUUGAUUUUGUUGUGGUUUAUUAAUUAGUGACUAAUGGUUUGAAAAAACAAUUAAUAAUUAAUGCAAUUUGAAGAACGAAAAAGCAUUGAAAUAGCUUAAACUGUUUUUUAAGAGCAGCUGAUGGAUUUCACCAAACUUAAGUCAAAUUAUUAUUUCCUCGACGACAAAGCUUACACAGAGGAUGACCUAUUUGUCUACAAUGUCACAGCGUAUCAGUUACAUGGCAAGGUCACCGAGUUGGAGCUUUAUAAGUACUUUUCGCAAUUCGGUGAUGUACUCAAGGUGUAUUUGAAGCGCGACAAACAUGCCAUAGGCACCACAGAACCGCCUAUUGGCGUGGUCCAUUUUGCACAUCCACUGGCAGCCGCGAAGUCGCUCCAACGCUCCUGCCAUGAAUUGCAGAAGAAGCGCUUCUUUGUUAAUGCUUGCGAAAGUUGGGAGCAACCAGAAGCAUAUAAAGGUGGAGUUGACUUUAACGCACGCAUUGCUACGCUGAAUAUAAAUGGAGAUUUGAUUGAUUUUUACACACCUGUACGCACCAGUAUCUUACAACUGAAUGAUGAAUGCCUAGAAGCAAUUUGUCAAUAUUUGCCACUACGUGAUCAGAUACGUUUUUCACGCGUUUGUCGGCGCUUUCGUGAUAUUUUCAAGCAUACCUGCAAAUACGCUCCCAAAGUAUUCAACAUGACUCAAUUAAUCGGCAUGACUUUAUGGGAUAUACGUGAAUUCUUUGAGAUGGCUGGCGCUAAUAUAGAAGAGCUGAAUGGUGCGGUGCCUUAUAAUUAUCAAGAUCGCAUUGAUUUUAUUAGUGAGUUGAGUCCACGUGUGCGUCGUGUAAAUCUCAACUGUAACAAUGUAGAGUCAGCAAGCUUCUUGCGACUCUUGGAACGUUUUCAUGCCGUUACCUAUGUGGAAUUGCACAACUUCUCGCUAAAUGAUAGCGCUGUGCUAGCCUUAAGAAAACUGCCCAAUUUGGUUGCUUUGGUAUUGGAUCAGAGUUUCGAGUUGACGGGCAAAAAUCUAAGUAAAUUAUAUCAGCUACAUGAGCUAAGCCUUUAUGGCUGCGAAAAUGUGCAAACUAGCCACUUUAUCGAUAUCUGCAAGUGCUUAUUUAAUUUGCGUUGCUUAGAUAUACGUCAUUGUAAAAUGCUCACAUCUCGCGCCUACACCGAAAUGGUGCGAAACUGUCGUCAAUUGGAACAACUUAAAAUCUCUUGCGAAAAGGAGGUAAAUUAUGAUUGUGUCGCACAACUACAUUCCUUGCGUCAACUCUCGGUGCAUUCAUUCGGGGCUGUGCGCGAAACUUUAUUCAUAGCAUUAUCGGCACAUAAGUCACAGCAGCUUGACCUACUCGAGUUAUCAGCAAGGAAUUGCAUCACACACGAAGGCGCCAUUUAUCUAUCAAGGCUGCAGAAGCUACGCAAAUUAAUCUGUCCAAAUAAUGACAAUCUAACCGAUGAGUGUCUCUUCGAAUUCGCCGAACGUCUGCCGCUGCUAGAAGAGCUUGAUAUACAUAAUUGCCGCGCGGUAACAAAUAUCGGACUUUUGGUGCUGCUGCGCCGUUGUACGCACCUCAAAUGUGUCAAUAUUGAGCAAUGUGAGGGUAUAACCGAUGAUUUCGUUUACGAUGCCUGCGAUGUGCUGAAACAGGGUAGAUGGGAAUGUGAUGAGCCGGUGUUGUUUCGUAUCGCGGGCACUAGUGUACAUGAAGCUGUGGUUAAGGAUUUAUCAUGUGCAGACGUUGGUCGUUUGCUGCGUUUUACUUUAAUCGAAGAGAGUUCCUAGUUAAACGCUGGCGGUAGAAUUCGAAUGAUUUCUAGACUAACGACCAAAGGUUAAGUAGAGGAAAUAUUUGAAAUAUUACAUGCGCAGUAAAAACAGACAAAGAUAUUCGUCACGAUGUUCAUGGGAAAGCAUUUAAAAGACAUUAAAUUAAUACAUUAAAAAAAUAUGUUAUAUCAACGAAAGAAAAAAAUGAUUCAAAGAAAAGAUACACAACGCACAUACCGACAGCGAA